UUUUUUUCUUUCUUUUUUAUUCUAUAUUUCUCCUUGAAUCUUGUUUUUUUAAAAAAAGGGUUGGCGUGGGCCAUAGAUCAUUAUGCGAGCCAAUCUAUUAUUAUUAUUACUUUGGUUUGCUUCCACUGAUGCUAGUUUGUUUACGUCAAGUAAUCCAUAUAUUGCUUCUUCUCUAGUUACAUUAUUCACCAAUACUUCCUCGAUUGACAAUACUCCAGCUAUAGGCAAUAGCUUGCAAACGUAUGAUCAUAAUAUCGUAGUGACCAAUGCCACUGUUCCCGAUGCUUCAGGUGUUAGCGGAAUUCUUUAUGAUCGGCAACAAUCUUGUCAACAAAAUGUGACGACAUAUCAUCCAGAAUUAUUAACGAAUCAACCCAAGAUUGCCCUAGUGAGACAAGGUGGAUGUUCAUUAACAGAUAAGGCACUUUAUUCUCAACUUGACAAUGCAGUCGCAGUGAUAGUUUAUGCUACUGUUCCUUUUGAUGUGGUGACAGGUGUGAACAAUCCUUCUGUUGGUGACAAUAUCAAAAUUCCUACAUAUUAUAUUGACCUUGAAUUGGGACAAAAAUUAUUACAAUUAUUACAACAACCUGAACCGAUUUCUCAAGCACCGAAUAAUGUUAGUUAUCAAAUUGCAACCAAGGUAACUUUAUAUCCAGUCAUUGGAGGGUUUCCGACUACUUGGGAAUACAUUCUGAUCAUUGUGGUAGCUCUUUUGGCUCUCAGUUUCUUGGUAUCAAUGGGUGUACAUUGGCAUCUUUGGCGUAUUCGAAGACGUCAACGUGCAUUAUAUGAAAAUGGACUCUCUAUGGCUACUCUUCCACAACAGCAUACCGACAAGGGGUUGAUCGAUCCUGCAUCUUUGGCUAUUUUCCCAACUCGAAUUAUAGGUGAAACUAUGGAAAAUAUGGAUGAUGAUUCGACCAAACCAACAGUAUUACAGCGACGACAAUCAGUUCUCUCCAUUCGACAUGAAAGAGCUUUGGAAAACGCUGAAGCUUUGGCUGCUACUAUUGUUCAUCCAAGACGUGGGUCUAAUGUUGAAAAUACUUCUGAUACUUCCUCGGUCUCUUCCCCGCAUCCUACUGCACGUGAACAAACGGAAGAAGUCUGUGUUAUUUGUUUGGAUGAUUUUGCUCUUGGGGAAAGUGUACGAAAACUACCUUGUGGACAUGAAUAUCAUUGUGAAUGUAUAGAUCCUUGGUUGACCAUUAAAUCCGCCAGUUGCCCACUUUGCAAACAUGACUGUUCAAUGGAUGUACCGCCUAAGAACGAUGAUGAACAAAUAUCGCCACCACCAGCAGCUACCAUGGAUGACAGCUCUUCUCGUGCAUCAUCGAUUUUUUCCUUAUCCUUUUUGCGACGACGUAUGGAUGAUGAUACCACGGUGCAUCAACGAAGUGCUCCUUCCACCUUUGGCCCAACUAUUCCAGCAGAUCAAGCAGAGGCAUUCAGUCGUACUUGGAUGGCAAGAAGUUUACCUCGGAAUAUGCGACGUCAAAUUGAUUUAGCAGCACAACAAGCAGCAGAAGCUCAUCGACAAGAACAUACUGUAGUAACUCUUCCAGCAAGAAUGAUUUCUCAACCUGAUCCUUCUUCAGUAUGUUUGGAGAUUGUACAAUCACCUUUGCAACAACAACAAGCCGAAUCAUCAAGCUCUACCAACAAGACUUCUUAACGAAACAUUAUCAUCAAUACUCCCUUAUUUGUAUAUCAAACACAUACACAUAUUCUUCUGACUUGUAGUUUAUAUUUUUGUACUUAUAAUACGUCUUUCUACACAGACACAUACCUUUUUUUUUUCUUUUUAUAAUAAACACUUUUUUCUUUUUUUGGA